AGCUGCUUCCUCGAAAGAAUUUUCCCCCAAUCGAAGGAUUGUUCAAUUUUGGCGGCGCAGUAAAACAUGGCGGAAGAGUUGGAAGGUUGUAGCGUAUCCUGCAAGCUGUCUUUGGACGAUCUGCAGGCUGUCUGCCGCAGGGAAAGACUCCAUUGUAAACAGCUACGGGUGAACAAGCAUAACAUCGAUGACUAUGAGGUUGAGUACCUCUGUGACUACAAGAAGUCUAAGGAGCAGGAGUCCUACCUGGUUAAAUGGAAGGGCUACCCCGAGUCGAGCAACACCUGGGAGCCCCGCAAAAACCUCAAGUGCAGGAAGCUAAUGACGCAGUUCCACGAGGACAUGGAGCACGAGCUGAGGCAGAAGAAGAGACGCACCACCUGCCCCAAGCGGCUGGACAAGGACGUGGCCUGGACCCUGGUGCAGAAAGCCAAGCUCCGCAAGAGGCUCCAGUGCUGGGAAGCCGACCUGAACAAGACUCGUAACCACCCGGGGCGCAUCUUUGUCCUGAACGAGGUGGACCUGGACGGUCCGCCCAGGGACUUCACCUACAUCACUAACUAUAAGGUGGGCGAGGGCAUCGUGCUCAACGAGAUGGCCGUCGGCUGUGAGUGUAAGGACUGCUUUAGUGAUCCGGUCGGCGGCUGCUGCCCCGGGGCCUCCCUCCACCGCCUGGCCUACACUGACAAGGGCCAGGUGCGAGUGCGGGCUGGGGAGCCCAUCUACGAGUGUAACGCCCGCUGUAGCUGCGGGCCUGACUGCUCCAACCGCUUGGUCCAGAAGGGCAUUCAGUUCGACCUGUGCAUCUUCAAGACUGGGAAUGGCCGAGGCUGGGGCGUGCGCGCACUACAGCACAUCAAAAAGAACACCUUUGUCAUGGAGUAUGUUGGAGAGAUCAUCACAUCGGAUGAGGCGGAGAAGAGAGGACACCUGUAUGACCGGCAAGGCGCCACCUACCUGUUUGACCUGGACUACGUGGAGGACGUUUAUACGGUGGAUGCCGCUAACCAUGGCAACAUCUCCCACUUUGUCAACCACAGUUGCAACCCCAACCUGCAAGUAUACAAUGUGUUUAUAGACAACCUGGAUGAGAGGCUCCCGAGGAUAGCAUUAUUUUCAACACGCUCCAUCAGGGCAGGAGAAGAGCUCACUUUUGACUACAAGAUGCAAAUUGAUCCAGUUGAUGCAGAGAGCACAAGGAUGGACUCAAAUUUCAGUUUAGCGGGACUCCCAAGCUCUCCCAAAAAGCGGAUUCGGGUGGAGUGCAGGUGUGGAUCUGACACAUGUCGAAAGUAUCUCUUCUGAUAUAGAUUGGAAGCGGAACGUCAAAGCUAGAACAGACACAUCAUAUAUUUUGGGGAAUUCUGAAAGUUGUACAGCGUUUACAUGACUUUAUAUUUGUCUCCUUUUACUUUCAUGAACUUUUAAGCCACAUUGGCACAUGGGUGAUAUCAAAACUGAUAUGUUUGGGGACAUACAAAAUAAAUCACCAUAUCUAGUAUGUUGGUAAACGAUUUUAGUGAAACAAUGAACAAUAUGAUCUACAUUCACAAAUCUGCGUUUUUAAGAAUUUCUUCAGAGAUUAUACACUGCGUGUACAAAACAUUAACAACACCUGCUCUUUCCAUGACAGACAGACUGACCUGGUAAAAGCUAUGAUCCCUUAUUCGUGUCAAUUGUUAAAUCCACUGCAAUCAGUGUAGAUGAAGGGGAGGAGACGGGUUAAAGAAAUAGUUUUUUAAGCCUUGAAACAAUUGAGAUGUGUUUGUGUGCCAUUCAGAGGAUGAAUGGGCAGGACAAAAGAUUGAAGUGCCUUUGAACGGGGUAUGGUAGUAGCUGCCAGUGUUUUAUGCGAAACAGUUUCCUCUGUAUAUCAAGAAUGGUCCACCACACAAAGGACACCCAGCAAACUUGACACAACGGUGGGAAGCAAUGGAGUCAACAUGGGCCAUCAUCCCUGUGGAACAUGUUUGACAUCUUGUAGAGUCCCUGCCCCGACGAAUUGAGGGGUGCAACUCAAUAUUAGGAAUGUUCUUAAUGUUUUGUUCACUCAGUGUAUAUCUGUUGUCAGUUUGUCAAUUUUCUCAAUGUUUGAGAUUUCAAAAGUUUGUAGGCUGUGUACACAGGCAGACAAAUUCUGAUAUUUUCCCACUUAUUGGUCUUUUGGCCAGUCGGGUCAGCUCUUUUAACGACAAUUGGGCAAAAGAUCAGAAUUAGACUGCCUGUGUAAAAGCAGCCAUUGAGCUUCAAGCCCUGUUGGUGGAAAGUCAUGUAAUUAAGAGGUGUACUUAUACUUUUUAUACUAAUAUGCUUUCAGUUGCACUUACAAUUACCGGUAAGUGCAGUUCUUCCACACUUCUUGCAAGUAGUGCUGUAUAUUCUUGUCUUAAAAUAAGGUAAGAAUUAGUUUACCCCCAAACUGUCCCGGUGCUUGUUGGUUUUCAAUCUGCCUGCUUUUUCUUAAAUGUGAAUGACUCCAUUCCGACGCUCCCAUUUUGUUGUCCUGCAAUUCACGGCAAGCAAGCAGUACCAUGAAUCCGCUCUCCAUGCUUUUAACCUAUUUUUGUGUGAAGCAGUUGGAAAAUAUCCUUUGUGUAGUUAGUCAUUUUACUUUUCAUGUAGCUCUGAUAGCCAAAGUAAACACCGUUUUUUCACGAAACAUUAUUACGUUUGAUACGUUGUUUUUGCUGGCUGCAAACCUUCACAUUUUAAGUAAAUGUUUUAAUCAGAUGUAUUGUUCUGGAAAAUGUAAUGAAAAUUUACCUGACAAAAUGUAGUUGUACUAAAAUUAAUUUUAGUACAACCACAACACCACUAGAUGGUGUAACUGCAUUCCUAUGACUUCAGAUCAACAACUGAAAAUGUACACUUUCCUUUAAUACUUGUCCUGACGUUAUGGCUGCGUUUUAUAAAAUAAAUUCCCAUGCUGAUA